AUGCUGAUGCUGAAUAAUGCGGAUGCUAAAGCAAAAACAUUUCAAAAAACUUUUGCAAGCACCAAAGAACUUCAUAUAAUCAGACAGCAGAUAGAGGAGGCAGAAACGAGAGUAAUGUUUGUGAAGAAGAAUUCAAAGAAUUUUAUCCAUUAUUUCAAGACGAAGGCGAAUAUCACGUUAAAACCCGACGAAGAUUAUGAUGAUCAUGAUGAUCAUGAUGAUGAUGACGAUGAUGAUCAUGAGAAGGAAAAAGAAGGUGGUGAUAGAAAUGAUGAAUCUACCGCUUACAAUAAUGACAACGUCGAUUUUGCAAGUUAA